AGCACUGGGGGCACAGUGUCUGAGAGGAGUGAGCCCCUGCUCCUGGUGCUGACAGGUAUGUAUAGGGAGCCCUCCCUCUCAGCCCAGCCAAGUUUCCUUGUGCUGCCUGGGGACAGCCUGACCCUCCAGUGUGCCUCGGAACCCGGAUCUGACAGAUUCGCUCUGACCAAGGACGAGAGGCCCACACCCCACCAGCAUCUCCAUGGUCAGCACAGCCCUGACUUCCACCUGGGGCCUGUGAACCUCACCCACGGGGGCCGGUACAGGUGUUACAGUGGACACAACCUCUCCUAUGUGUGGUCGGCCCCCAGUGCCCCCCAGGACAUCCUGGUUACAGGUGAGGAGACUUGCCCCAUCACUAGUCAUGACUGUCUGCUCAGAGCUUUGGCCUGGGGUCACCAUGGUGGUGACACAGUCCAGGUGAGGGUCCUGGAACGAAUAGCUGAGGGGCUGAGGUCUGGCAGAGGGAGUGAGAAAGGAGGGAGUGAGGGUCAUGGAGAAAGAAUAUGCCCAUCCAGAGGGACACAGAGGAGCUGACAUGGGUCACAGUCAGAGUCCCUGGGAAAGAACAUGGUCCUUCAGCUCAGGGUCAAGGGCACAGGUGGAGGGAUGACUCUAUGCACAUCACAGCCCUCCUCUCCCCAGGAAAGGACGGGAAACCCUCCCUCUCUGCACAGCCUGGGCCCUCGGUUACCUGGGGUGAGAAAGUGACUCUACAGUGUCGAUCUGAGGACAGGGCUGACACCUUCCACCUGCACAGGGAGGGGUCCCUGCAUCCUCCCCAGCAGCUUCAUCUGCAGGACACGGCUGCCCCCUCUCAGGCCAACUUCACCAUCAGCCCUGUGACCUGGGGCCACAGUGGGACCUACAGGUGCUACAGCUCACACAGCUCCUCCCCCUUCCAGCUGUCACAGCCCAGUGACCCCCUGGAGCUCCUGGUCUCAGGGCUGCGUUGGGGUCCGUGGGACCAGGUCCAAGCAGGAGUUCGCCCCAAACCCUCCAUCUGGGCUGACCCAGGCCCCAUCGUCAGCAAGGGGAGCCCUGUGACCAUCUGGUGUCAGGGGUCUCUGCAGGCGGAUGGCUACAUUCUGUAUAAAGAGAGGAGUUCUGAUCCCUUGGACACAAGGAUCCCACAGGCCUCCAGCAACAAGACCGGGUUCCUCAUUCAGUCCAUAAGCUCACAGAACACAGGGCUGUACCAGUGUGCAUACAGCACUGGGGGCAGGCUGUCUGAGAGGAGUGAGCCCCUGCUCCUGGUGCUGACAGGAGAACACAGUGGACCCUCUCUCUCAGCCCAGCCAGGCCCUGUUGUGACUUCAGGAGGGAAUGUGUCCCUCUUGUGCAGCUCACAGUCCACACUGGACACUGUCCACCUGCUGAAAGAGGGAGGAGCUGAACCACCCCAACACUGGAAAUCAGAGCUGAGAUCCUAUGAGAGGAGGUGGCAGGCUGUCUUCCCUGUGGGCCCUGUGAACUCCUCCCAUGGGGGGACCUACAGAUGCUGUGGCUCCUCCAGCUCCACCCCCAAUGUGUGGUCACAGCCCAGUGCCCCUCUGCACCUCGAGGUCACAGGUGUGUACAGGGAGCCCUCCCUCUCAGCCCAUCCAGGCCCCCUGCUGCUGCCUGGAGACAGCCUGACCCUCCAGUGUCACUCAGAGCCCGGGUUUGACAGAUUCGCUCUGACCAAGGAGCAGGGGCCCACACACCUCCAGCGUUUCCAUAAGCAGCACAGCCCCAACUUCUCCCUUGGCCCGGUGAACCUCACCCACAGGGGUCGGUACAGGUGCUACAGUGGACACAAACUCUCCUAUGUGUGGUCGGCCCCCAGCGCCCCCCUGGACAUCCUGAUUGCAGGAAAGGACAGCAAACCCUCCCUCUCAGUCCAGCCCGGGCCCUCAGUGCCCUUGGGAGCGAAUGUGACCCUGCAGUGUCGAUCUGAGGACAGGGCUGACACCUUCCACCUGCACAGGGAGGGGUCCCUGGACCCUCCCCAGCAGCUUCGUCUGCAGGACACGGCUGCCCCCUCUCAGGCCAACUUCACCAUCAGCCCUGUGACCUCUGGCCACCACGGGACCUACAGGUGCUACAGCUCACGCAGCUCCUCCCCCUUCCAGCUGUCACAGCCCAGUGACCCCCUGGAGCUCGUGGUCUCAGGUCUCCAAUUGUCCCUGAACAUCCUGAUUGGAGUCUCGGGGGCCCUUGUCCUGCUGCUCUCCCUCCUCCUCUUCCUUCUCCUUCGACACCGGUGUCAGUGCAAAAGCAGGAUGUCAGCAGGUGCUGCCCUGAAGGACCCACAGCCUGGGGAGGGCCUGGAGCUGGACCCUCAGCACAAUGGGCCCGAUGACAGUUCCAAACAAGUGACCUACGCCCAGGUGAACUGCAGAUCAAGACUCAGGCAGGGAGUGGCCACUUCUCCUUCCCCCCUGUCAGAGGAAUUGCUGGACAAGAAGGGCAGACAAGCAGAAGAGGACAGACAGAUGGACAGUCAGGCUGCUGCAGCUGAAGACCCCAAGGAUGUGACCUAUGCCCAGCUGACCCUCAUGACCUCCAGGCGGGAGACAAGUGCACCCCCUUGCUCCCCAUCAGAGCAGCCCUCAGAUGAGCCCAGUGUCUAUGCUACUCUGGCUGUCCACUAGCUCUGGAAGGACCUGGAUCCCACACUCCAGAUGGGUGCCUGCAGAGACCCCCUAAGGACACUCAGCAGGGCUCCAUCCAGACUGGUGACCUGACAUGUACCCCCAGCAGCUUCUGGGACCCUCCAGGAGUCCCCUGAUUCUGCAAUCACAGAUAAGUACUAUCCAUACACUUUGGAACCAAAGCAACAGACUUCUCAAGAAUCAAUGUGUGUGUCCUGGCUGGUGCGGUUCAGUAGAUUGAGGGGUGGCCUGUGAACCAAAGGAUUACCAGUUCGAUUCCUAGUCAUGGCACAUGCCCGGGUUGUGGGCCAGGUCCCCAGUAAGGGGUGUGUAAGAGGCAAUCAUACAUUGAUGUUUCUCUCCCUCUCUUUCUUCUUCUCUUCCACUCUUUCAAAAAAUAAAUAAAAUAUAUUUUUAAUUUUAAAAA